AUGUACGUACAGCUACAGUACACGUACAUGUACUGGGAAUGGGUACCUUGUAUACAAGGUACCUGGUGUAAAACUGACGUAAAACUUAAGCUAGGCUAUUUUUUAUUUGCUUCUCAAGUUCUUGUAUUGAAGUUGUAAGAGGAUUUAAAAUGUCGACUGAAAGCAAAACUAAGUACAGAGCACUCAAGAGAAAACUCAGAUUUUUGAUUUAUGAACAAGAAUGCUUUCAAGAGGAACUACGAAGGGCACAGCGCAAAUUGCUGAAGAUAUCUCGGGACAAGAGCUUCUUGCUGGACAGACUCCUUCAGUAUGAACGAGUGGAAGGGUCUAGUUCUGAUUCGGGUUCAACAGCGUCGUCAGACAGUGAGAAAGAAGGCAAGAAGAAUUCAGAGGCUAAGAAGCAGAAGAAGAAAGCCAAACCAAUCAAAGUCAAAGCCAAGAAGAGGAAACAACGGCAGCUGAAAUCACUCCUAGGGGGUGACAGAAAGCCCCUCCCAGGCAACCUCAAUUACACAUCAUCUCAACAGCAGCAACAACAGCAACAACAGCAACAACAGCAGCAGCAGCAGCAGCAGCAGCAGCAACUUCAGAGUAAUUCCAAAUUGAUGGAUCUGAUGAAAGUCGGUUCCCCAAACGUUCAAAUGCCAACAAGUCCCCUGGUCAGUUUAGGUCUGCCUAUGCACUCUCAGGAGUCUUUGUUCCCUGGGGUUGGUCUGUCAGGGUUCUCCCCCACACAGCCCCUAACCCCCCAACGCCCUUCCAAGUUAUCCAGUCUCCUAGCCGGGGAUUCCAGCGCCAUGGGGGCCCUCAUGAUGGCUGGUCUGGCGGCAGCAGCUGCCGGCGAGAAGGCGGAAAAACAGAGCAAGAAAAAGCACAAAAAGGAUACAGACAAGUCACCCUCACACCUACACCCCUCCGUGUACCCCACCCCCUUCCACCCACCCUCCUCGUCUCAAGCCUCCCCUGUCCAGCUUUCGGCUGCCGAGAAACCUUUGCAAACCAUCAAGCAAGUGCCCACCAGCAAAUCCUCCCCGUCCACGAGUAAAGCCCCACCUGCCCUCAGCGAGAUGAUGGACUGCAAGCCGACGGGCACAGCCAAAUCCCCCGCUGGUAAGACCCCUCCCACCAAUGUGAAACCAAAGACAGCAACAGCUGCGGCCGAGGAAGAGGAGGAGCUUGUGAUUGACCUGCCAAACGAUUGACAUCCACACAACUGACAUCCACACGGCUGACAUCCACACGACUGACAUCCACAUGACUGACAUCCACACGGCUGACAUCCACACGGCUGACAUCCACACGGCUGACAUCCACACGGCUGACAUCUUCACAUGACUGACAUCCACAACUCCCUGGGUGUAAACUUAACACGACAAGCAUUUUACAGAUCUGAAAGUCCACCACCAGUACGAAUGAACAGCAAAACUCAUUCAUUCUACUGUAGCGCAUAUUGCAGAGAAAGCCAAUGGCAAUGAGCCUAUGCACAGGGCCCAAUUUCAGGGAGCUGCUUAACAAUUAGCAGAAAAAUUGUGCUAGCUUUAGCAGCAAAAAUUAAGCAUAAUUUCAUGGUGGUGCUCGGCAUUGGUGUGCCAAUGGUUGCCCACACAUAGAGAUUUCUAUCAACAGGUCACUAAGUUUAAGCAAGUAUUUCCCCCAAGGUUAGCAUGCCUUUAGGUGUGUUUACUGCUUAUGGUCUCCAUGAGGAUAUAGUGUGCCUCCGUUAGCACAAAAUCGUACACUAUUGCAGUGCCGUGAAAUUGGGCCCUGAUGGCACCUUGCUUUGUUUACAUGUUUACCUUCCUGUGGAGCCAGUGGGGACCCAAGGUCCACUGAGCAUCUUAGAAAAGAACACACGUAAACAAACUGUGGCAUAAUCAGUAUAGAGGUGUGUUUUUUCCUUGUAUUGAGAUUUAACGACAUUAACACCAGCUAGAGACUGUAUUCAGGCACCCCUUAACCUUCCUGAAAUAAAGAUUUAGUCAAUCAAAUUCGCUCAGUCUGGCCCAUUUGUGCUAACCUUGCCAACAUGUGACUGGAAUGCAGCUGGAACCACAGAAACUAUUCAGCUUAGAGGGGUGCCUCAACCAAUCUCAAUUACUGCAGUGAGCGUUUCACGUUUGUAAGCUCUAAGAUGUAAGCUGAUCAUUGAAAGGAAUAUCCAUCAAUGAUCCUCGUGACACUGACAAAAAGACAGGGUCAUUUUUGAACUGUAUUCUAAAAAUUAGGUUUCACAGUUGUUACCACAAAAGACUUGCACAGUUUCACAGUCGUGAAAACACAAAUUAGCCACUUAUUUAAAUAAGCUAAAAAGGAAGGAAAAACCAAAGUUAGCUGGUUGGGAAACGUGACUAAGUUUGAGAAUAGUUAAUUUAAUGGCUAAAAAAUGGCUAUUCUUCAUCUCAACUCUUUCUUGCAACUACUAGUGACCUUUUAGUGAACUCUUAUUUUGAGAAAAUAAAACAGAAAAAGGCAAGCUGCA